AUGGCUCAUGUCUCUGAAGGGUCUUUCGAUGCGGACCAGAUUAACCAGAUACGGCUCUCGGUGAGUCGCCCCACGAGCAGCGAGUGGAGUCAGGUGCACCUGCUCCGCGAGCGCUUAGAGCGAGCCAGCCUGCUCGUAGAUCCGGUCAUACGGCGUUGGGCGACUGAUCGAUGUCUACGUCGUUAUCUGAGAGCGCGAAGUCACAACUUAGAUCGCGCUCUUGACAUGAUUCGCCGGUCUAUUCAGUGGCGACUGGAGUACCACCCGGAGCAGCGGUUUUGUCGAGCGUGCAAGGCGAACCCGCGCUCGCACACGUAUCGUCGGGUAGGUCGCACGUUGACGGGACAACCCGUGAUGUUCUCGACCUUUGUCGGCGUCGAGAACUAUGAUCCAGCGGAUAACAUUGAGCACCUCUCCUCUGGAAUUGAGCACGCAGUUGGUGUCAACGCAAGAUGGCCCGAUCUAGACCCUUUCCCCGAAACCUAUGUAUGGGUUUUGGAUUUCGCUGGCUUUCAUGCAAGACACUUGAGUCCCGGAGUUGGGCGAGCGAGUUUGGCACUGUUCAGUGAUCACUAUCCUGAGCGGUUGCAGCUCGCAAUAAUUCAUGAUGCUCCGGCGAUUUUUCGCGGACUUUGGUUCGCAUUGAAACCAUUUAUCGAUCGGCAAACAUGCAAAAAAAUCCUUUUCAUCCGACGAGCACAUGCUGCAAAGUUGUUCGAGAGAAUCUUUCCGCCAGAGCUCUGUGAAUGGCUCGAGAAAGAGCUGCGCGAGGUUCGCGACAAACGUGUCGCCCGUGAGAAGCAGUGGUGGCGUGAAUGGUGUCCUGCCUGGGACGACGACAAGAAACCGCUCUCGGAGCUUUUCCCAGGAGUGGUUAUACCUGAAAAGGGCCCUCUCGAAGGCAACUCGCGUUGCACGCAGUGGAUCCGCAUGGGCGCCGUCGACGAUGCGAUGGAAGUCAGCAAGAAUUCCGAUGAAACAUUCUAUGAUGCAAUGGAAAACGACUUUGGGUCUAGUACGUUCGCGAGGCAUCACGCGGCUUGA